UGACCGCACUAAAAUGCACAGCAAAAAGGAAACUGAGAGCAAAAGGCAACUGAAGGGAUAUAUAACUGUCACUUAGUUUAAAAAACUGCUUGGAAGAAGCAAUGGAGGGGUUCAGACACCUUUCGUAGUCUUGUGAUUUUCCACAUCUUAUGACAAUACUGCUCUGGUCAAUUCAAGAGGGUGGGGCAGGAAGCACACAAACUAAAAGCUUUCAUAAAGAGGAAGAGACUUUCUUGGCUUGUUGACUGGAGCAGGGUAGCUGCCUGCCUGAGGACUAACAGACUCAUCAGAGGACUCUGUUGGAAGGUUGUCCAACAGAAUAGAGAACACAGCCAUUCUUCUACAUCCCAAACCUCAUCACAGUCUCACUGUGUAUGUGUCAACGGAGGAGAGAACAGAAAGGACUGUUGAGGAGAGAACCAGAGGAGGAUGAAGUCUAUCAAAUUAGAUCAGUCGGCUACAGUCGAUGAGCUUACGGAGGCCUGCAUCAAAGCAUUUGAUUAUGAAGGCAGGCUGAAUGAUGAGUCUCUGGUCCGGAUGUUUCUCAUGAUGCAUCCAUGGUACCUCUCCUCUGCUGACCUGGCCAAGAAACUCUCCAGCAAGUCGCUGGAGGAAAACUGUCUGCCUGAACUCAGGUCACAAAUCUGCCAUCUUAUCAAGUACUGGAUCAGCGAGUUCCCAGCAGAGUUUGACCUGAACCCAGAGCUGGCAGAGCCGAUCAGAAGGCUGAAGGAGCAGCUGGCUCAGCAGGGAGAGGAGCACCAGAGCACACUCAUCAACGUUGACAGUGUGCCGUCAUAUGAGUGGAGUAGGCAGGUGAGCCAACCAGCUCAGUCUGAUUUCAAGAAGAGGAAGACGUCUCUCCUCUUUGAUCACCUGGACUCAUCUGAACUAGCAGAGCACCUCACCUACAUGGAGUAUAAGUCCUUCUGUAGGAUACUGUUCCAGGACUACCACAGCUUUGUGAUGCAUGGCUGCACAGUGGACAACCCCAUCCUGGAGCGCUUCAUCACCCUCUUCAACAGCGUGUCUCAGUGGAUCCAGCUGAUGGUGCUCAGCAAGCCCACCGCCCCCCAGAGGGCUGCAGUCAUCUCCCACUUUAUUAGGGUCGCACAGAGGUUGUUACAGCUGCAGAACUUCAACACUCUGAUGGCAGUAGUGGGAGGUCUCAGUAACAGCUCCAUCUCACGCCUCAAAGACACACAGUCACACAUCAGCACCGAUGUGAGCAAGGUGUUCAACAACCUGGUGGAGCUUGUGACAUCCUGUGGGAACUAUAGCCAGUACCGCCAGCGCUUCUCAGAGAGCACAGGCUUCCGUUUCCCCAUCCUGGGUGUGCACCUCAAGGACCUGAUUGCUGUGCACGUAGCCCUGCCCGACUGGAGUGACCGGGAGAAGACGCAGGUCAACCUGGCCAAGACCCAACAGCUGUAUGCCAUCCUCCAGGAGCUUGCGCUGAUCCAGACCAUGCCACCCAGCGUUGAUGCCAACAUGGACCUGCUCAACCUGCUCAUGGUGUCUCUGGACCAGUAUCACUCAGAGGAAGAGAUCUAUCAGCUGUCCCUGCAGAGGGAGCCCCGCACAGCCAGGCCAUUGUCUACCCCAAGCCCACCUAUGAUAGAAGAGUGGGCAUCUUCAGUGAAGCCCAAAGCUGACCCCACCAUCAUCAGUAAACACAUACAGAAGAUGGUAGAGUCUGUGUUUAAGAAUUUUGACACUGAUGGAGAUGGCUACGUCACUCAGGAGGAAUUUGAGAUCAUUAGGACGAACUUCCCAUACCUCUGCAAGUUUGACGACCUGGAUAAGAAUCAGGACGGCAGAAUCAGUCAGGAGGAGAUGAUCGACUACUUCACCAAGGCCAGCUCUUUACUGAACAGCAAGAUGGGGUUCAUCCACACAUUUUCAGAGAAGACCUGCAUGAAGCCUAUGCUUUGCCAUCACUGUAAAGGCAUCAUGUGGGGAUUUUACAAACAAAGAUACAAGUGUAAAGCCUGUGGGGUGAGCUGCCACAAAGAUUGUCGCAGCCGCCUUGCUGUGGAGUGCCGCAAACGAACACAGAGCACCUGUCAUGAAUACCAUUCUCCCCAACACUCCCGUUCCUUCAGUGUGCCUGCUAUAGCUCAGCCGUUACACACUGUACAGCAUACAGUCAUUACAGAGGAAGCUCCUGAAUCCCUGGGGGAUGAAGUGUUUGAUGUCCACCUUUGAGGAG